AUGGAGAACGGAACGUGGGAAGUCAGCAACCUUCCAGUCAAGGACUCAGCUCCUGUAAGGACUCUGGGCCUGAUGCCCCGGACGCCCCUGGCUGUUCAGGUGGUGACAAUCGCUCUGGUGCUGCUCAUCUGCGGCGUGGGCAUCGCAGGCAAUGUCAUGGUAGUCCUGGUGGUGUCCCGGACUCGCCAUAUGGUCACCCCCACUAACUGCUACUUGGUCAGUCUGGCAGCCGCCGAUCUCCUAGUGCUGCUGGCGGCUGGGCUGCCCAAUCUGUCCGACGUGGUGGCUUCCUGGGUUUUUGGCCACGCGGGCUGCCUGUGCAUCACCUAUCUUCAGUACCUGGGCAUCAAUGCGUCCACUGGCUCGCUCACCGCGUUCACCGUGGAGCGCUACCUAGCCAUCUGCCACCCUAUCCGAGCACAAUCCCUGUGCACCGUGGCUCGGGCCAAACGCAUCAUUGCCCUUGUGUGGCUGGGCACGGCCGCCUACUGCGUCAUGUGGCUUUUCCUGGUGGACACGAAAGAAGUGACCUUCGACGACGGCGUGCAGGUGCAGUGUGGCUACCGAGUAUCCCGCGAGCUCUACCUGCCAGUCUACUUUCUAGACUUUGCACUGUUCUACGCGCUGCCGUUGGUACUGGCCACUGUGUUGUAUGCGCUCAUCGUGCGCAUCCUCUUCCUAGGUCCCCUGCCCUAUGGGCCUGACGCGGACCCUUCCAGCUCCAUUCACCGGAGUCGCUCCUUAGGGUUCCCCUCCGCCUCUGACGGGUCUGUGCGCUUUUCGUGCCGCGGGAACAGAGGCGCCCUGAGUUCCAGGAAGCAGGUCACCAAGAUGCUGGUUGUGGUGGUGAUUCUGUUCGCUCUUCUCUGGAUGCCAUAUCGCACCCUGGUGGUGGUCAACUCCUUCCUCAACCCACCCUAUCUGAAUCUCUGGUUCCUCCUCUUCUGUCGAAUCUGCAUUUACCUGAACAGCGCCAUCAACCCCAUAAUCUACAACCUCAUGUCCCAAAAGUUCCGCACAGCCUUUCAGAAAUUGUGCAGGUGCAGGUCAGCCCAACCUGAGACCCAAUCCCACCACGUGGUCCCUGUCUAUUACAGCUUCAUGAAGGAUUGUUCCCACAAUGACUCUGACUCUCACUUCAACCAGUACAACAGCAUCCCUGGGCCUGGGUACAGGAGCUAAAUGUCCAGAUAAGCAUGCCCUGGAUCUUGGAUCCUAGACAGGGGGAGCCUGAGAGCCCCUAUCUCAUACCCAGUGCCAUUCCAUAUAGGAUGGAAUGUUUAGUUUCAGGGGGGACCUUGGUACCAAAUGCAUGAAAUGAGCAUGUUUAGUUGGGUGGGUGGGAAUGACCUAAAGAUCCCCAAGAUGGGAAAUAAUUUGCCCAAGAUUAUAGGGAGAGUUAAGAAUAAAAUCAGGAUUUGACCCCAGGUCCUCUAAUUCCAAUAGACCAAAAUGCCCAUCUUCUUAAGGAAUAAAAGAGAGAAAUAUAGGGUUAGUGGAUUUAAUAAGAAUCACUUGGUAGGCCAUCAAUCUCUCAAUAAGAGAGGGAGCAAUUCUACAUAUCAGAGCCCCCUCUUUCUUACUGGUUGCUCCUCUCCUCCCCAAGGAAAUCACAGCUAUCUCAGAGUCCCCAGAAGGAGGCCCUGGUAACCCAGGGAGAAACAGUCUUCCAUCUCCAGUCAGUUUGCCAUAAUUGACCCAGGCAGCUUAUAGAAGAGAAACUUCCAUAGAAGGUGCUUUGAAGAAUAGGGAGGCAGCCUAUUGUGGAAAGCCAAACCAGCAACCCACCUGGAAGGUCAUUCCAGUCUAGUCACUGCCCACUGGAUUUCCAGUGUCAGUUCUGUGAAUUCUAAAUGUGAGGGGAGUCAUUCUACUUUCUUUAAUUUGCCCAAUUGUUUUCAAUCAGAUAAGGCAGUCUGGAUGAGAGAGAAAUCCUUAAGAAGUUCUCUAAUUUCAUACUGACCUGGAGAAGGGACAUGCUAAAGACAUCUUGGAAAGGUGAACAUUUUGGGGGUGAAGUGGGGGUGAAGUCUUUUGCAUGACUAGAAGCUAUGCUUUUCCUUCUAUUCUUAGCUUAAAAAUAAUGGUGGACAAUUCUUUCAGUUAAGCUGUUACCCCCUACUCUAGAAGCAACUGUAUUUCAAUGUAUAGCAAGACAUUCUCUAUUGUCAUGAGAGUCAGUGAAGUCAUAGAGGUUCAGUGAGUGCCCAGAAGAACAAAAAAAGGAUCCAAUGGAGAAAGGGAUGAAUUUUGAAUUUUCUAAAAGAAAGAAUCUACUCCCAUCCAACCCACUGCUCUUGGUACUCCCUAUCUCACAGGGACCCACCAAAAUGAUCCACUAUGCCUCAAGAUAAAGGAAGAGUGCUUUGGGAAGGAAGAAGUGAAAACUGGACAGAUAAAGUCUCUAGCCCCAACUUGGACUUACAUUUGAACCUACUCUCCCACUGGGACUUCCAGUGAUAGAGUCAUUGGGAAGAAGGAUUCAAGAAAUAAAUGACAUACAUAAGAAAAUGUGGAGGUUUGUUUCCAUGUACCUCCCCCAUGAGACUGUGUGAUCUAAUUAUUUCUUUGUAAUUGUAGUAAAAGCAAUUCACAUUUCUCAGUGCUUUAAGG